GUAAAAUGUUUGACAGCACUGAAGACCAGUCACAGCGCUGACCGGCAGUUAUCGCAACGCCUAUUGCUUCAAAUCGGUGCGAGGUAGAGACGGACGGCUCUCUGGGCCAAUAGGUGGGGAGCUGGAGGAGGCGCUCAGGGCGGAGCUCGAAAUGAGGUCACUGCCUGCUCUGGAGAUGAAUGACAAAAACCCGUCUGGAAACCUAAACAGGAGAGAGCAGUGUGUCAGAGCAGCCUAGGACCGGCGGAACCCCUACGCUUUUCUUUAGUCGGGAUUCAACCAGAAAGAGCUCCAUAUUGAGACUUUAUUUCACGAAGACACCGGCAUCGGGAGAGGAUUUGCAUUUUGUGAGGCAACGUUCUGUCACCUGUCCAGGCAGAGGAUUCCACCAUAUGUCUGCUCAAUUAUCAAACUUUGAUUCUCUCCAGCACCACCCUUGUGAAAAUGGGGUGAUUGUGUUCUUUCCUCAUCUGUUUAACUAACCUGGAAAAAACCCAGGGCAACGCUCCUCCUAAUGUCAGACGAUUCAGACUCCAAGCCUUACCGUUUCCCUGUGCUAGAGGAUGAGGAUGGAGUCUCGGGGUGCAGAGUGUCCACCUCAUGCAGCUCCACGCCAAGGGGGGUCUCAGGGUGCAGCUCCAUGGCACAGCUGCACCGAAUGGGUGGCUACAGCCAAGGUGGGCCUGACCUAGGCCUCCCCUCAGAGGGUAGCGACAGCAGCGGUCAGGACCCUGCUGCCUCACCGCACAGCCAUCGCAAGAAUGCCCGCUCCCGAUCGCACCCCGAUGAGGACGUGGAGAUGAAGAGCAGUGGGUCCAGCGGGAGUGGAACCGAAUCACACAGCAAUGAGAGCAACGGCAAUGAGAGUCAUGGCAAUGAGAGCCACGGCCAUGAGUCAGUGGGCAGCUCCAAUGGCAACAGUAAAGACUCGGCCCUGCUGGAGUCUUCUGAAAGCAACAAGAGCUCGAACUCCCACAGUCCGUCUCCUCCCAGCAGCUCAAACGCCUUCAGUCUGCUGAGCUCUGAGCAGGACAACCCGUCAACCAGCGGCUGCAGUAGUCAGGAAUCCGCCAAAGCCAAGACCCAGAAAGAGGUGAUUAAAACUCUGAAAGAGUUGAAGCGUCACCUGCCCGCUGAGAAGAGACACAGUAACAAGUCCACCACAUUGAACACCCUCAAGUACGCACUUCGCUGUGUCAAACAGGUGGAAGCCAAUGAGGAGUAUUACCAGCUGCUGAUGAUCAAUGACAGUCAACCUUCAGGCCUGGAUGUAUCCUCUUAUACGAUAGAGGAGAUAGACAGCAUCACUUCUGAAUACACCCUCAAAAACAACGACAUUUUUGCAGUAGCAGUGUCGCUCAACACAGGAAGGAUAGUCUACAUUUCUGAUCAGGCUGCCUCCAUCCUCAACUGCAAAAGAGACGUGUUCAAGAACACCAAGUUUGUGGAGUUCCUGACGCCGCAAGAUGUUAGUGUGUUCUACAGCUUCACUACGCCUUACCGCCUGCCCUCCUGGAGCAUGUGCACUGGAGCAGAGUCAUCCCCGUCUGACUGCAUGCAGGAGAAGUCCUUCUUCUGUCGUAUCAGUGGUGGUAAGGAGUGUGAGGGCGAUCUGCAGUACUAUCCGUUCCGCAUGACACCCUACCUGAUGAAGGUCCAAGACACAGUACAUGCUGAAGACCAGUUCUGCUGCCUCCUACUGGCAGAGAGAGUUCACUCUGGUUAUGAUGCACCCAGAAUUCCAACAGACAAACGCAUCUUCACCACCACACACACUCCGAGUUGUGUGUUUCAGGAUGUGGAUGAGAGAGCGGUCCCUCUCCUCGGGUACCUCCCCCAGGACCUGAUUGGCACCCCAGUCCUCCUCCAUCUGCAUCCCAAUGACCGACCGAUUAUGUUGGCCAUUCACAGGAAGAUUCUUCAAUAUGCAGGGCAACCAUUUGACCACUCGUCCAUCCGGUUCUGUGCGCGAAAUGGAGAAUACAUCAUUCUUGAUACCAGCUGGUCCAGUUUCGUCAACCCCUGGAGCCGCAAAGUCUCCUUUGUUAUCGGGAGACACAAAGUGCGCAUGGGCCCCGUGAAUGAAGAUGUGUUUGUGUCCCCGGCCUCCCCUGUCAGUGAGAUGAAGACAAUGGACUCUGACAUCCAGGAGGUUACUGAGCAGAUCCAUCGGCUCCUGCUACAGCCGGUUCAUAACAGUGGGUCCAGCGGUUAUGGUAGUCUGAACAGAAACGACCACCUUUUGGGCAUGACCUCCUCUUGCGAGAGCCUUGACAAUGGCAGCAGGAGCAAGACGCGACAGGAAGAGGAGGAGGAGGAGGAGGAAGUGAGCGGCAAAGCCAGACCACGAACCUUUCAGGAAAUCUGUAAGGGAGUUCACCUUCAGAAGUGCCAGGAGCAGCACACAACCAAACAAGACAACAAGAAAAGCAAUGGCAUAGAGUUUGUACAGAAGAGCCCAGCGGUGGUGCGGCCCAAAGAAUCAGCAACUCCUCUCAGCUGUAGGGAGGCCGGUGGCGCUAUGGAGGAGAGUCGGCCCUCUUUCCAGGAGGAGAUGGCCGUCAAUGAUCAGACAGUCUACUCCUACCAGCAGAUCAGCUGUCUGGACAGUGUUGUCAGGUACUUGGAGAGCUAUAAUGUUCCCAUCACCAUGAAGAGGAAGUGCCAGUCUUCCUCUAACACCACUUCCUCUAACUCUGAUGAUGACAAACAGAAAGGAUCUAACAGCAUGCAGGUAUCUGAAGAACCACCGUUGUUGAAGGAUCAGUCUGAUCUCUCCGCUUUGGAUGUUCGAGACAAAAAGUCCAGUGACGCGGCCACAGCAGUAGUGGGCACUGCGCUGCCCCUACCUGUACCUAACAAACCAGAAAGCGUGGUGUCCAUAACCAGCCAGUGUAGCUACAGUAGCACCAUAGUGCAUGUUGGGGACAAGAAACCUCAACCAGAGUCAGAGAUCAUAGAGGAUGUCCCGGGAACUGGAGAGACUGCAGAAUCCAGCCAGAACCUCUGGGCUCAUCCUUAUGCUGUUUCGGCUCCCAGUCAGGAAAGGGAGUCCUACAAGAAACUGGGACUGACCAAGCAGGUUUUGGCAGCCCAUACGCAGAAGGAGGAGCAGGCUUUUCUGCAUCGCUUCAGAGAGCUUCGCGGACUCUCAGAAAUCAAAGCAAACUGCUCGCAGUACCUAGAGCGCCAGAGAGGACAGCUUGCCAGCAAUGCUGUACCUGCUGCUCGAUCCUGCAAGCAGGGUGGACGGUGCGUAGAGCCUACCACGCGGCGUGGCACACGGAACAAGAAGACCAAAUCAAAGCGAGCGAAGCAGACAGAGUCCUCAGACAGCACAGUAUCCCAUCACAGACAACAGCUGAAGCCUCCACUUCUAAGCCACGGCCUUAAUCCGACCUCUUGGUCUCUCUCUGACACCUCGCAGUCAACUUUUGCCAUGGCCUACCCCUCUGUGAUGCCAGGCUAUCCCCUACAGGUUUACCCCAGAGCCAAUUCCGUAGCUCCUGGCACAGACGCCACUCUGCCUGGGUUUAGGGACAACCAGCCCCCCCAGGCCCCUCCCUGCCUGCCAUCCAUACAUCCUGCUCCCUACAAUGCUCCCAUGGUCACCCCCAUUGUGGCUCUAGUUCUGCCCAACUACAUGUACCCUCCAGUGGUACCUGGGCCGCCACAACCACAGCCAGUGUACUAUGCAGAGACUGGUGGCUUUCCCACCCAAACGCAGCCUUUGUGUCAGGCAACCUUUCCAGGCCAGGUCCCCUUCCCAGCCCCACCUUCCUUCAACUCACAGAACCACUUUGCUCCUCAAGCAGGCUUCCCGACCCCAUCAUUCUACUUCCCUCCAUCCUCUGCAACCCCAAAGGCCCCCAUGGAGGGCCAGUCUCGCUCCUCUACGCCACAGUCUGGAGGAGGCCUGGCAUCCCCACCCCUGUUCCAGUCUCGCUGCAGCUCACCCCUCAACCUGCUGGAGCUGGAGCUGUCUGUGGACAGACAGGAUAGCGCAGUGCUGCCCGCUGGAAUACACGGGAAUAAUACGGUUGAAUGGGAGAAAGGGGCAAGUGGCAACCAGGCCAAGGAGAGGGAGCUGAAGCAGCCUUCUCUCAAUCUCCCUGGUCCAUCUGGACCCUUGUAUUGCGAGGGUACGUCCUGUGUCUGUGAGCGUUUGUCUUGGCAUAAAUGGGGCUCUAGGCUGAGGGCUUGCAGCAAAGAGGCAAGCUCACAUGGCGACGGGAACAACAGUGACGCCAACUCUUCAUCCAGCGACAUGUUGGACAUUAUUCUCCAUGAGGACUCCUGCUCAGGCACUGGCUCAGCCACUUCGGGGUCUAUGGGCUCAGGAUCCAACGGCUGUGGAACUUCAGCCAGCGGGACAUCCAACAGCGGGACAUCUAAGAGCAGGACGUCAGCCAGCGGAGCCUCGGCUAGUGGGACCUCUGGCAGUGCAACAGGAAGCAACAGUAGUAGUAAUUACUUUGGCAGCGUGGACUCGUCCCAGAACAGCCAGAAGGCCAGUGGUCACUUGAACAGCAGCAAGGGAAGGCCAGUGGAGAUGGAGCAGAGCAAAUACAUCUUAAAAAAUGUACUGCAGGACCCGCUGUGGCUGCUCAUGGCUAACACAGAUGACAAGGUCAUGAUGACCUACCGGCUGCCUUCGCGUGACAUACAGAAAGUGCUCAGAGAGGAUCGAGAGAAGCUGAGGCUACUGCAGAAGAGCCAGCCGCGCUUCUCAGAGGUGCAGAAGAAGGAGCUGAUGGAGGUCCACCCCUGGAUCAAGAAGGGAGGUCUGCCCAAAGCGAUAGACAUCAAGGAGUGCUCCUGCUGUGACAGCUCCUCAGAGGCAGCAGCAGUAGCAGCGGAGGAUCAGGCAGACCUGGACAUCGGUGAUACAGAAACGGGGGAGGUGAGAUGCCAGCGGAGGCCCAGAGACGUCCCUUUUCCUGGCUCCACAACCAGCGAGACAAUAUACUCCUUAUGACUUUCAGAGUGACGUUCACUGACCGCCCGCCUCUUGUUCUGCAUGAGUGUGAAGAGGGACCUUUGCACAUGGACCUGCUUAACAUGAGGCAUCACAAAGGCUCACACAAAAUUCUUUACUACUGUCUCUGUCUUGCUGUUUUUUUGUGUUUUUUUUUUUUGUUGUACCUACCCGAGAAGUCAAGACUUGUGUAGGAUGUGAUAAUACGUAUAACACAUAUUAAUAUACUUGUAAGCUGCACAAGGGGGAUUCUUUUGUUGCUAGUGAGGAGUGCUGGGCUGUAUGACUACUUGUGUUUUUUAUUCAUUUCUGUGUGGCACUUGACACAUAGCACUUGAUGCGCAGCAAUAAGGGGGAAGUGUUUUAUGCACUGAUUAAGAGAUACAGAGCCUAAUAAGGGAAAUACAGUAUGUGCUCAUACACCAGGCAGCGCAAUGGAGGUCAAACAUCAACCAACUGGAGGCUGCUUCGUUCACAUGCCAGGAAGUGGCUCAGCUGUGUUCGAACUGUUGCAGAUGAGGAAAGAAUUCUGUAUUCUGUGAGGUGCUUUCCUCAGUUUCAACAGCCGAGGAACAACAACUACAUCAGCAUGUGGUGAGAACAGGUGGAGUUAAGUCAACUCAGUUUCAGUCACUCCUGUCAUGCAUACCCAUCAAGUACCAAAUGAACGCACGCCAAGUUCACUUUGUGGGCUGCUGAAAGGAAAACAAAAAUGAGACUCGUGUACAUCUGCUCAACUUGCCCAAAUUCAUUUCUGGUGUGAAAGUGCAAAACAACCUGCUUCCAUAUGCAGUAGUUAGCAGAUUUGGACUUUUCAACACCUUCGUCCAUACUCAGAUUCUUCCUCACACUCGUAAAAACGCAUUCCAAAAAAGCUCCAUCACAACUAAAGGUGUGCUGUUCAAAAUGUUAUAAUUUAUUGGAUUGAUAUUAUUGACGCAUUAACUUGUAAGCAGCAUUUUGGGAUAUUUAUUAUAUUACACACUAUUGGACAGUUUAAUCCACAACAAUGUAUCACAUUUUAUAAACUGAUCAUGUGUGGGGAAGUAACUGCAGCAGAUAAAUGUAGUGGAGUACACACUUGUGGAAGUAUACAUUUUUAAGUGCAUGCGUUACUACCCCCAGGCAAUAUGGAGGUGGUGAAAACAUUUCAGACUGUGAGGUGAGGGGGAAAAAAAGAGGUGCAAACCAUACUGUAGGCCACCUAUGUUAUUUGGAGCUGCGGGUGUCACGUGUUACCGAAUGCAGCUUUGGGUUGUCAUUUUUUUUUUGUCUAUUUCCAUUCAUCGGUUUCAGUGUCAACUGAAACUUUCACUGACUUUUGAUCUCGCAGACGCCUCUCAUUUAUAGAAAGUUUAUUUAUUGCAUUUCUAUGCCUGUGUGAAUGUUUGUCUUUGACUCUGAAAAUAUAUAUAUAUUUUUACAUACAAUAAUUGUUUGUGUAUAAAGAGAUUUGUGGUUUUUAAGCUAUAAACCCAGCUCAGGCAGCAGCAGAUGAUUAAAUAUUUACUGUAAAUACUGUUUUAAUCAACACAAGGGCAACGUCCACCACUGGAAAAUACUAGAGUAGUAUGUUCAUAGUGGGUGAUAAAUAUAAAGUGAGGAGAAUAUUGACCCCUUGUUUUGCCCAGUUUAAAUAUGUGCCACAUAACACUUGAAAUGGUCUGAUGUUGGCCCUCAUAAAUAUGGAAAAGAGCAUCCUGAGCAUCCUGUGGAAGUGACUGAAGCUGAUGAUUUUUCAGAACAAACGUGGCCGCUUCAGAAGUCAAACUUUAGGGUUAUUGCACUGGUGUAAAGCAGCUCAGACAGAUGCCAAGUGACUGUGUGGAGAGCUUUCCUUCACUUUGAAGCUUAUCAACAAAACAGUGCUCUUCUUGGCAACUUGAACAUUUUUCUGAAUUAGUCAUCUGUCUGUUAUUUGAACAGACACCGAAAACAAGGUACCUUUUUAUUUAUUUAAUUUUUUUCUCAUUUUUAAUGGAAGAUAUUUGGUGAUGUUGGGUAAAUUUUAUCUAAAUAAAGUGUUGCCUAAUUUACAGAUAA